AUGAACUACCGUCUCGGCAUCUUCGGAUUCGCCUCAUCACCUGCGUUAAACGAAUCUGACUCGCUGAACGCCGGUCUGCUGGACCAGCGCUUAGCCCUAUGGUGGGUCCAAGACAACAUUGCCGCCUUCGGCGGCGACCCAGACCAGGUCACCAUCUUCGGCGAAAGUGACGGUGCAACAGGCGUCGGCCUGCAGCUAACAGCCUAUGGCGGCAAAGUGCCCAAAGUGCCCUUCCGUCGCGCAAUCAUGGAAUCAGGCGGCGCCAACGCCGACCCCGGAACCACCACCAACACCUCAAGCAAGCACACAGCCACCCUAACCAACCUGGUCAACUGCACCGCGUCCUCCAGCAGAGAGGAGUUGGAAUGUCUGCGUCGUCUCCCAAUGAAGACCCUCCUCAACACGGCCUACUCCUACGAACUCUCCCUCAACUCAAUGGGCGGCAUGGGCGUCUUCAUCCCCACAGCCCCCUCAUCGUUCAUCCCCGAUGCCCCCUCGCAGCUUCUCCGAACCGGGCAAUUCGCCCGCAACAUCGACCUCAUCUCCGGAUGGUGCGAAAACGACGGCGCUUUUUUCACUUCCACGACUCUGAACUCCUCAUCCGACAUCGCCGCCUUCCUCCAGGACAGCUACCCCAACCUCUCCAAUGCUACCAUCGCUAAAGCCCUGGACCUCUACCCCGUUUCAGACUUCUCCCCGGACCCAUCUGCAAACAUCUCCGCGCAUUACUUCCGCGCUAGCCAGAUGCAUCGCGAUUUCGACUUCACCUGUCCCAGUCUCCUGACCAUCCAGACGAACAUUAAGUACGCCACUAACCCCGCCAAUGUCUCGAACUACCUCUACGCACUUAACCAAACGGCCUUUGCGGAGGUGUUUGAGUCCUCGGGCAUGACGUACUACGGUGUUCCGCACUUCAGUGAUAUCAUGUAUCUGUUUAACUCAGUUACGGGUGGUUUGUUCAAGGAUAUUUCUACGGCAUCGGACCGGAAGCUUGCGUCGGAGAUGGGUGCUAGCUGGGCUUCGUUUGCGUACUACGGCAAUCCGAGCCGUGCUAGGGGUAGUGUUAAGGGAUGGGGGCAGGCGUAUGCGGCGAAUACUAGUUCCACUACGCCGGAGUUGCAGGUCUUGGGUGGUCCGAAGAUGAGAUUCACUGGGAGUGGUAAGGGGGGUGCGUACGGUGAGGAUUUGGUGAAGAGGUGCGCGUUUUGGAAUGAUCCUGUUGUGGCGAGUCAGUUGGGGGUGUAG